UGGGGGAACAAAAGUUGGCAAAGUCCAGAUGCUGCGUUAGCGUAUGUUUACGUCCUCACCACGGGUGGGGUGCGCUCUGGGAGUUGUAGUUAUUACCGUGACGUUUGCUCAUCGAAAUAAGGGGGGCGGGACCAGUCAGCUGGACUACAGCUCCCAGGGUACUUUGCGGCCCCGCUGGUGCUCUCUCCGCCUUGGUGACCAUGUCGUUCCCUGGUUUUGCGUGAACGCUGUGAAGGGGCAAAUACUCGGCUUGUUUCUGCCGGUUCUUUAAAGCGAACAGCAGCGCGGUUGUACAGCGAGCAACCAUGGGAUCCAGGAUUAAGGAAAAUCCAGAGAAGAUAUUUGAAGUGUAUGCUGAAGUAACACAUCCUGAAUCCAGUGGUUCAGAUCCUGAGGUGCGGAGACAAUUCCCUGAGGACUACAGCGACCAGGAAGUUCUGCAGACAUUGACCAAGUUUUGUUUCCCUUUCUAUGUGGACAGCCUUACAGUCAGCCAAGUUGGCCAGAACUUUACAUUUGUACUCACUGACAUUGACAGCAAGCAGAGGUUUGGAUUCUGUCGCUUAUCUUCUGGGGCCAAAACUUGCUUCUGUAUUCUAAGGUGAGACAACAGAGAAUAUUACACAAACAUUGAACUUAACAUUAGCUUCUGGAUUGUGACAAGCAUCACAUUUUAGCUGACAGACAAGAUUUUCAUAUCCUUUCCCAACAGGUCAUUGUACUAAGGGGUCAAUCCUAAAUGAAUUGUUUUAGGGGCAAGGACCCUCUGUUUAUCAGACUCUUUCGUGCGCAGUAGUUUCAUAUUUGUUUUGGGUAACAGCAUUCUCUUAAAACAAAAUGACACAGGCUUCUUGGUUUUGUUUAACAUUGCACUAUACUAUGCUGAACCAGGUUACUUA